AUGCCACCACAAAACCAAUCCCAGCGUAUUAUCAUUAAAGUUGCAAUCACUAAAGCAAACACCGGUUCCGAUUCUACCCCGGUAGAGAAAACUGUCUAUGCCAGAAGAGAUAGCUUCACCAAGAUCAAAUCAAAGGCUGCCCUAACUGCAUACUUAAGCAAGGAAUUACCUGAUUAUAUUUCUAGUGAUGCUAGUUAUUUAGCCUUUACCAGAAAAUCAAAAAAGUACAAAGACUUUAUCUCGUUGGACUCAGAGGAUGACUUCAAGUCACUUGCAAGAAGCUUGAAGGUGAAAAAUCAUGUCAAGUUGAAUGUUGUUGAUUCGUCACCAAUUGCCAGUGAUGCCGACGAUUCCACAAGAAAGAGAAAAUCUACCACAAUUGAUUUUGGUGCCUUGGGUGACGCUUUGAUUGAAGUUGCAUUUGAACACUUUAAGGAAAUGUUUGGUGAUUUAUCGAACGGUGCUCCAUUCAAGAAGGGUACAUCUUCUGUAGCUUCUGACAACUCAGAUUGUCCAAGCUAUAACACAGCUACAAAAGACGAGGCAUCAUUGCCAGUUCAUUCAAAUAUCUGUUGUGAUGUUUGCCAUCCCGACGAUUUUGUUCCACUCAGAGGAGUCAGAUACAGUUGCUUAGUUUGCCCAAAUUUUGACUUGUGCUCAAGCUGUGAGUCUAGACAACUUGCUGAUAAAUCAAGUUUUGGUUCACAUUCAUAUUUGCAUCCAAUGGCCAAAAUUAUCCACCCAUCGUCAUCAUUUGUCAGAGGCGGAGCUUGGGGUUCUACAAUCCCACAAACAAACGAUAUUGUCUAUGACAUUCCUUUGGAAAAUUGUAACCUUGCAACAAAGGAGAGAUUGGAAGAGUUGUUGAAACUGAAAGGAUUUGAAGGAUUUGUUAAUGAUGUUGACCGCUAUAUUAGCGACUCAGAAAAGUACCAAAAGUUGUGCACCAUGAUGGAGAUUGAGGAUGAGGAUGAAGAAGUCCAGUUUUUGGUUUUGAUGAGUAUUCUUGAACAUGCAAUGGAUGAAGAUAAAAAGGAACAGGAUUCCGAUGUACCACAAUCCGAACCAGUCACAUCAGACAAUGAUUCUGUCGCUUUCCCACAGAACAAUAUUGAAGGUGAAGUUAUUGUGAGACCUAAGAAGUUUGGUGAAAUUUCAAGAAUUAUAUCCUUGCAGUUGACUAAUAAUACCAAUCAAACUAUUGAAGGUGGGGAAUUGAAGUUUGAAUUUUUCAAUUCCAAACAGACAGAAACAGUUGUGGUUAGAAACGCAAGUGCCAUCAAGCCUGGAAGAAUUAGAUACUAUAAUUUGGGUAGGUUAGCAGAGGAAUUUGAAAGAAUUAAUGGCAUGCAAUUGAGAAUUGUCACUGAAGGUGCUGUCUUUGUUGGUGAAUAUAAGGAUAAUUCUGAUUCCAUCUUGACUGCCCAAUCUAGUUUUGAAGCGAAAGUGCCAGAGGUGUCUGAAGCUGAUGAUAGUGGUGACACUUCAGCCACUGAGUCCAUUGCAGAAGAUGAAAAUGUUUUGGCUAAGAGUGAAUUAGCAGAAGAGCACAAUUCAUGUGGUUCAACACAUUCAAUGGUUUUGCCAUCUCUUCCAAAGGAAAGCACAAUCCUAGCCUCGUCUGAAUACUACGAUGCCACUAGUGAUGCAGCUGAUUAUUCCAAAAAAGACUCAAUGGUAGAUGAUGAAGACGAUUAUGACAUCAUUAGUGGAGCAGAAGAUGAGGAUACUGCAUCUGAUUUUGAAGUAUUAUCUGCUGUCAGCUCCAACAAUCAAUAA